AUGAGAUUAUUUGCUAAUGUUCAAUACAUGAUUGUUGUGACGUGUCAUGCGAGCGUUUACACUCUUGUAUUGAUGUCGUUAGAUCGGUUUCUGGCUGUUGUUCAUCCAAUAUCAAGCAUUUCGAUUAGGACACAAUGGAACGCGUUGCUGUUAACUUGCCUUCUCUCUUUCAGAGCUAUUAUUGUAACAUGGUUGAUUGUGAUUGUCUCAGCCAUUCCAGUUGGAGUAUCUCAUGGUGUUGUCGAAUUUUCUAACGAAGGUUACAAUUGGGCGGCAUUCCAGAUAUCUUUCUUCCUUUCAUCCUACAUCGUACCAUUGACAUUGAUUUCCAUUCUGUAUGUGGGUAUGCUUAUCCGUCUCUGGCAUAGUGUGCCUGGCAGUAAAGUUUCAGCAGAAUCCCGUCGAGGAAAGAAGCGAGUAACAAGAAUGGUCGUUUUUGUAGUUCUGGCGUUCGCAAUCUGCUGGUUACCAGUUCAUGUAAUAUAUUUUAUUCUCAAUGUUCUAAAUUUAAGAAUCUUUGCUAUCCCAUCAAAUGGCCCGAAGCAAAUCUUCUGUUUUAUUGUUCUUGUACUCAAGUCGCUGCAAAUGUAUGAAACGACACGUUUAACAGUUUCUAUACAAAUAUUUAGUCAUGUGCUGGCAUAUACAAAUCUUUGCAUAGCAAAUCCAAUCUUGUACAAUUGUUUUUCGGAGAAUUUUCGUAAAGCUUUUAGAAAAAUAGUCUGGUGUGGAACUCCACUUCCUUUGGUCCCGGCAGCCAAGGCAGGAACCACUCGAACUACCACAGCUCAAAAUGGCGGAAUUUCACCCCCCGAAUUUCUCUAA